AUGAAGCUCAUCUCGCGAAAGCUCCUCCCCGUCGACAUGGACGAGGAGCAGGUCUCCCUGCUGCCUGAGGAUCCCGAAGACAUGUGGCACGCCUACAACCUCAUCGUCGUCGGCGACGUCGUCAACGCCCACGCCGUCCGAAAGGUCGUCCUCGUCAACGCCGGCACCGGCGCCUCGGCCGCCGAGCGAGUCCACACCGACCUCACCAUCCGCGUCAAGUCGACCUUCUUCGACCCCGUCAUCUCCUCCCUCCGCGUCUCGGGCGUCGUCGUGUCCGAAAACGACCACGUCUCCCGCGGCUCCCACCACACCCUCGACAUCGAGGUCAACCGGGCCUUCACCGUCGUCAAGCCCGACGGCUGGGACUCCGUCUCCAAGGCGACCCUCUCCCAGGCCCUCUCCGACGACAAGAACGGCGCCAUGGCGGCCGUCGUCAUGCAGGAGGGCGUCGCCAACAUCUGCCUCAUCACCCAGUUCCGCACCGUCCUCAAGACGCGCGUCGAGAGCGUCGUCCCCAAGAAGCGCGACGCCCCGUCCGAGCAGGACGCCGGCGUCCGGCGAUUCUUCGACAAGACGCUCAACUCGCUCCUCCGCGCCGUCGACUUCUCCGGCUCGCGGCCGCUGCUCCUCGCGAGCCCCGGUUUCGUCGCCAGCGACUUCAAGGCCUACAUCGCCAAGCAGGGCCGCGACAGGUCCGACAAGGUGCUCACGGCCGUCGGCAAGAGCGCCACCGUCAUACACGCCAACUCGGGCCACGUCCACAGCCUGAACGAGGUCCUGCAGAGCCCCGAGGUCCUCUCGACCAUGCGGGACAUGACCUACGCCAAGGAGGCGCGCUGCAUCGACCAGUUCUUCGACAUUCUCAAGCUCGACGACGGCAGGGCCUGGUACGGCACGUCGGCCGUCGAAAAGGCCGUCGAGGAUGGCGCCGUCGGCCCCGGAGGCGGCGUCCUGCUCAUCAGCAACGCCCUCUUCCGCAGCGAGGACCUCGAGACGCGAAAGAGAUACGUCGCCCUCGUCGACAAGGUCAAGGCCGACGGUGGCGACGCGAGAAUACUGAGCAGCGACCACGAGAGCGGCCAGCGUCUGAAGAUGAUGGGCGACAUCGCCGCCAUCCUCAACUAUCCCAUGCUGGAUCUGGACGACGAGGACGACGGUGACCACGUCGAGGAGCCGCAGGUUCGGGACAACGGCAGGAGGCAUGAGGAAGACGAGGAUAUGCUCGACAGUGUCAUCUAG